ACUUGCUCUAUUUGGGUAAGGUUUUAUGUUUUUAAUUCUCAUUGGGUAGGAGAAACUGAGAAAGGCUCUUACUUUUUCCUACAUCACAGUAGUGCUUAUCUUACUUUUGGAUUUGCAGCCAGGGGGAAACUAAUUUAUGCUCUUGUUUUUGUUCUUUUCAGAAUUGAAGGAAGUACUCUUGGAAAGUUGAAAUAUGUAGUGCUAUUAUGGAUCUGUACAUGCACUUAUGUGAAGAUGCAUUUUCCAGCACUUCUUGAACAGAGAACUGGGUUUCGAGGAUUUUUUUGGAAAGCAGCCAGGAUAGGUGAGCGCCUAAGUCCUUGGGUGGCCGUGGGAUGCUUGACGAUGGGUGUUUCAAUAAUCUUUUUUUGACAGAGCUGUUUAAAUUUGUUUCUUUUAGUAUUACUAUUACAUGUCCCUCUUGUCACCAAAGAGCUCAACUUCAGGGUUUCUUAUGACUACAUCUGCUGCCUGUGAUGACUCCAUGAAUGUUUGAAGCGAUCUUCUAAAAGUUUUCUAUUAUCAAUUCACAGUUGACACGUUUGCAAUGGUUUUAUAUUUCGGAACUGCCAACUAUUUUCAAUUUUGAGUUUGGAAUGAAAAACUUUGAAACUUAGCAAUUUUGACAACUGAAAAGAAUUGUGUAAUU